CGUAAAAAAAUAAAAAAGGAAAACGCAGCGAGGAAAUGGGAAGUGACGGGGUAAAAUUGGGAGAAAUCGUAGACAAGCGUAGGCAUAGCCCACUCCGUCCAAUCAUCCAAUAGGCAACUGCUGACGUCCCCCCUCUUCCGGUCAGAUAACCGAUCCGCCCGAACCGGAGCCGAACCGGUUUCCAAUGGAGUGCCAAACCGCUGCCCCCACUAGGCCUCACGCCGGUGGACGUGAAGACUGCUGGAGUGAAGGUGCCACUGAAACCCUAAUCGAAGCUUGGGGCGAUCGUUACAUCAGGCUUAAUCGCGGCAAUCUCCGGCAGAAGGACUGGAAGGAAGUCGCUGACACCGUUAACUCCCGUCAAAACGGCGUUAAGCCUCAGCGCACCGAUGUACAGUGUAAGAACCGGAUCGAUACUUUGAAGAAGAAGUACAAGCUUGAGAAAACCAAGUCAUCUCCGUCUAAAUGGCCGUUUUAUAACCGUCUCGACUAUCUCAUCGGUACCAAUAACGUUUCUACCUCGCCGUGUAAUAGAAUAUUGACUGCCGCAAUUACACUUACCGUUAAGUCAAACUCUAACCCUAACCCUAACUUUGGUGCCGUGAAUUAUUCCGGCAGUUCAUCGAGGAUAAAUUCAAGUGGUUCAAAUAACAGCUCGCACGAUGAUUUGCCGUUUGGGAGUGGAGGGAGGAAGAAUAAAAUGGAGUACGUAGGGUUAGCGGAGGAAACUACAGCGUACAAGGAAUUGGCGCGGGCAAUAUUGAGGUUUGGGGAAAUAUAUGAGAGAAUUGAGAGCACAAAGCAGCAGCAGAUGGUGGAGUUGGAGAAGCAGAGGAUGGAAUUCACCAAGGAGCUGGAGGUUCAGCGGAUGAAUAUGUUCAUGGAAACUCAGUUGCAGAUUGAAAGAGCUAAACGUCCUGCCAGGCAUCCUACUUCGACAGGAAAAUAGUUAUCUGCAGCAGUUACAUCUAUUAGGGCAGGCUAGUGCUGCUGACCAAGGGCUGAAGUCACCCGAAGUUGCUUGUAAAUUAUUCAUGCAGUUAACAGAAGCUCAGGAAACCAAGAUUAAUGUGUUUGUAUUUGGGUCUGCUGUGUUUAUGUAGAUGAUAUGUUGAUGUGCUAAAACAUUAGCUGUAGUAGUAUUUAUUGGGGUGAACGUAUUACUCAAUGUUUUAUGAAUAGCUGGGCUUUUACGAACAGUCUGCAAUAUUGUAGGAACACGGAGUAUUGAGGUUGCGUUUAACAUUCAACUGCCUUGAUGCUUCUUUCUCUUGAAUGAUCAAUGGUACGUACUUCCAUUAUUUGCUGCUCUA